GCUCCGCGGGCAUCGCGUGUGGUGUCGUGCAUUUCCUUAAGGUGCUGUGCGGAGCUCGGUAAUUUUUAAGAAGACGUUUUAUAUUGAUUUUUUUUUGGCAGCCCAGGGAGGUGGGGCUUGUUCCUCCACAGGAUUUUGUGGAGCUCCUUGUUUUUUCAUUGAGAUCUCUCUCCCUUCCAUCGCAAAGGAAGUCUCUGUGUUUCCAUACAUACAUUUUUUCAUACCUUGCACAAAACCCCGUUUUGGGCAGCAUCUGUCAACGGCAAACCUUUGGAGGAAGCGAACGGGAACAGUGACCAGUCCCCUCACGAUGUGGACAUUUCUGGGUAUUGCCUCCUUCAUCUACGUAUAUAAAAAGUGUGGAGACCUCAUGACUUACGCUAAUAAGGAGGUGCUACUCUCCGUGUUAGUGUUUUUCUCCCUCGGCUUGCUGCUGUCGUACAGGUACCACUUCAGGGGGCCCAAGCAGCAGCAGCAGCAGCGGAAGACCCACCUGGGCAUGCUCUCUGAUGUUCUCUCAGCUUUACCACUUGUCGGCUUCUUCUGGGCCAAACCCACUCCAGGAUCUCAACAAGUCGAACAACCCAAAUCCAGAAAGGGUAAAAGAGAAGUAAACUUCUCAGAUGUAUAUCUGACAGAGACUGCUCCAAAUGCAACAUUAUCGCCCCAAUACGAUCCAGAAAUUAUCAUUGUGGGAUCAGGCGUCCUUGGUUCUUCCUUGGCCACGGUGCUCUCGAGGGAUGGAAGAAAGGUGACUGUGAUAGAGAGGGAUCUGAAAGAACCUGACAGGAUAGUUGGAGAAUUGUUGCAACCUGGAGGUUUUAACGCACUUAGAGACUUGGGUCUUGAAGAUACAGUAGAAGGUAUUGAUUCACAAAUAGUAAAUGGUUACAUAAUUCAUGACAGAGAGAGCAACUCGGAGGUUGAAAUUCCUUAUCCAACAUCUGAAGAUGGCCAGGUGGCAAGUGGAAGAUCUUUUCAUCAUGGCCAGUUCAUCAUGGGUCUCCGAAGAGCAGCUAUGGCAGAGCCCAAUGCAAAAUUCAUUGAGGGGACUGUGUUACAAUUGCUUGAGGAAGAUGACUGUGUUGUGGGUGUUCAGUACAAGGACAAAGAAACUGGAGACACUAAGGAACUUCAUGCACCACUUACUGUUGUAGCUGAUGGACUUUUCUCCAAGUUUAGAAAAAACUUGGUCUCCAACAAAGUUACUGUUUCAUCCCAUUUUGUUGGUUGCAUUUUGAAGGAUGCACCACAGUUUAAAGCUAACUAUGCUGAACUUGUUUUAGCUAAAACUAGUCCAGUGCUAGUCUAUCAGAUUUCUUCAACUGAGACUCGGGUCCUUGUUGACAUUCGAGGUGAAAUGCCAAAAAAUUUAAAAGAAUACAUGGUUGAGAACAUUCAUCCACAACUACCCGAUCACUUAAAGGAACCGUUCUUAAUAGCAGUUCAGAAUGAUCGUUUAAGGACUAUGCCAGCCAGCUUCUUGCCUCCUUCAGCUGUAAACAAAAAAGGUGUUCUUCUUUUAGGAGAUGCAUAUAAUAUAAGACACCCUCUAACUGGUGGAGGAAUGAGUGUUAUUUUAAACGAUGUUAAAAUAUGGAGAAGUUUGCUCGAGGAUAUUCCAGACCUUUAUGAAGAUUCUGACAUUCUUAAGGCAAAAAGAACAUUUUACUGGUCAAGAAAAAAAUCUCAUUCUUUUGUAGUGAAUGUUCUUGCCCAGGCACUUUAUGAACUCUUUGCUGCCACAGAUGAUUCCUUGCAUCAGCUAAAGAAAGCCUGUUUCCAUUACUUCAGACUUGGUGGAGAAUGUGUCUCGGGUCCUGUUGGAUUGCUAUCUGUGUUAUCUCCUAAACCAAUGGUACUGAUUGGCCACUUCUUUGCUGUGGCAUUAUACGCUGUUUAUUUUUGCUUUAAGUCAGAGUCCUGGAUCACCACGCCUCGAGCAUUUUUCAGUAGUGGAGCUAUUCUUUACCGGAGUUGCUCUAUAAUAUUUCCACUUAUUUACUCUGAAAUGAAGUAUUUAGUCUAUUAAAAUCCAGGGCGAAAUGACUGGAGGAAGAAAACAUGAAGAUCACGAUGCCUUCAAAAUCUUUGGACAUGUACUAUUUAAUAUUGUAUUAUGUUUUCUGUUCUUCAAAAUGCGAUUUCCUUGGUAAGGAUUUGACUUAAUUUUGGUUUUGUGGUUAUAUACAUAUAUAUUAUAUGUAAAUAUUCUUUUCUUUGCAAUUAAAGUUCAAAAAGGAGUUAGCUGUUUACAAGGACCAUGAUCAGGUGUUGACAUGUGGUAGAUAAUUGCAGUUUUGUCAGAAUUUCAUUCCUUGCUUUAUCCAUUGCUGAGUGCACCACUAAUACUAAUAAACUGAAAAGUGAAAACUGUAAACCAUAUGCUGCUAUUAUCCUUCAUGCUUUUUUCUGUUCAGUAGUUCCAUGGCCUGUUUCUUUAUUACUGUGGCAUAGUAACAUUCUUGAUUUGGGUUAUUUCAUUAG